AAUUAAACCUUUAUCCGGAGAAAUCAAAACCCCUUCAAUAGUAAUAAUAUCAUUUUGGUUUCAGUUUAACAGCCGGCGGGGAUUAAAAGCGGUAGCAGCGGCAGCAAAUUUAGAGAUUCUAAUAAUUUUAACUUCUUUGCCUUCCAUAAUCAAAGGGGAAGCCAGUUCUACGAAUUUACUGGAACGAGGAAUCCCACCGAAAUUUCCAACCAAACAAUUUUGGCUUACCAAGCCCGCGGUUGAA